AUGGGUGCCGUCGUGGACGGUCCCGAGCAGAUCGCGCGAUCAGUCGAGCGAUCAGUCGAUAGCGACUGGCGACCAGUCGCUCGCGAGAUGGGUCCGCGACUGGUUGCGCGACUGGUCGUGGACUAUGAAAGCAGCCGCAAUGCCUCCAUCCACGUGAGCCGUGCAACGAAUGAGUGGCUGCAGCGCCAAAACAUUAGCGUUCUACCAUGGCGAGCCUGCAGUCCCGAACUCAUUCCGAUGGAAAAUAUCUGGGGUAUAAUAGUCAGACAGGUUCAUGCGAAUAACCGUCAAUUCCAGAGCACGGAAGAGCUGAAGUGGGCGAUUAUCGAAGCAUGGAGAGCAAUCGAUGAGGAACAUUUUCGAAACCUAGUUUCUAGUAUGCCACGCAGGCCCUUUGAUGUUGCUCUUAAACAAGGAGGAGCUAUAGACUAUUAA